GUUCAUCGACAAAAAGAAGGUAUGAAUGCACUUUAUUCUCUCAUCAGAAAGCGUAAAAAAUAUAACCUUGAAUAUACAAAAAGAAAUACAUAUAACCUUAUUCUUAGUUGUUUAUUUUCUAGAAAAAAAGUAGUGGUUUCUAACAUAUGAAGAAGAAAACGCAACUGUAUAUGUGUAUAUCCUACUAUAGUUAUGUACAAACUAGUAUACCGGGAAGUACAACACGUAUGUAUAACAAUACACGCGUCGUCACACACACACACAUGAACACCUUGUAUUCCAUUCUAUGUAACAAUUUGAUUUGCUCUUAAACGUAUUUUGUAUAUACUGACAGGUGUUGAAUAACACUGUUGGUUGUUCUACAGCUUCUUCAAAUUUGAACAAAAAACAUUCAUCCAGGAUAAUAAAUGGAUAUUUUGAAGAAAAUACAAGAGGAUUGGUGGAUUUUGCUUAUUGUCCUAAUAAGCUUGUGGCUGAAUUUCAAAGUCAUGCAGUUAUUGGGUAUCGUGCUAAAAUACACUGUGGGAAAACUUUGUUGUUCCAAGAGGAAGUAUUUGAGACGUGCUGGUCAAUGGGCAAUAGUUACUGGUGCAUCAUCUGGAAUCGGUAAAGCCUAUGCAGACGAAUUAGCUAAAGAUGGUUUAAAUAUUAUGCUAAUUGGUAACGAUGAGCAACAACUGUUUUCAGUUGCCGACGAAUUGUGUAAGAAAUAUGAAAUCGAAACUAAAAUCGUUGUCGCUGAUUUUACAAAUGAUAAUGUAUAUGAUAUAAUUGAACCUGAAAUUGAGAAACUCCCCUCCAUCGCCUGUUUAGUCAAUAAUGUUGGAAUGUUUGGGAGACUGGAUUCAUUUGCAUCAUCUUCAUGGUCAAAUAGUAAGGAGUGCAUCAAAAAUAUCAUCCAUUGCAAUGCAUUGUCAACAGCAACAAUGACACGUAUAGUAAUGCCCAAAAUGUUAUCACAAAAACAGCCUAACCCAGCUAUUAUCAAUAUUUCAUCCUACUCUGCUGUCAAAGUCUUUCCUUAUAUUGCAAUGUAUGCAGCAACAAAAGCCUUCGUCCUUCAAUUCUCUAAAUCUAUCACGGCAGAAGACUAUGAUAAAAAGAUUGUAAUACAAACUGUCUGUCCAAUACUUGUCGCUACACCAAUGACAAGGGUUAGCAAACCGACAUUUUUCAUACCGACCGCCGAAACAUAUGUGAAAAGUGCAUUGGACAUGUUAGGCGUAGAAAGCUUCACAUACGGUUAUUUGCGCCAUGAUUUGAAGGAAUUCCUAAAUAAUCUAUUGCCACAAGCAAUUUGGAUAGCAUUGACAAAAGAUAGAAUGAAAUCUUUGAAAAAGAAACCAAAUUGA